AUGAUGGCCGGUGUUGCGGAGAUCUACUUCAACAACGUGACAUUGACUAGUGUCCGCUCGAUUUGGAAGGGCGACAGGCGCAGGCGAUGGGACGGUCCCGACUACCGAGUUCCGAGUGCCGAGACCCAAUGCCUCGACCAUCUCAUCAACCAAACGCGACUGCCGAAGCCCCAUCCCCGCUUCUCUCCAACACUCGGCUCACGAUGCUUCAUUUGCGGCUCUCGCAUGUUUGCGAUGCGUGCAAGGCGCGCAAGAUUAGGUGCAAGAGUAAGUGUCAUUCCCCUGAAGAGGAGAUUCAAGUCUCAAGAUCUGAGUCCACGGCAUCGGAACCUGCGCCAAUCUCAAGGGACUACCCGUGAUCUGUCGGAGACAAGGACAUUGGGAGUUGCUACGGCGCUGUCCUCCGCUCCGUCCGGCGGAGACCCUUCACAAGAUGGUAGAGACGAGUCAACCUGGACACGAGUUCCAGAUCCUGUUCAAGGAUUCUCACAUCGACCUCUCUAUGUGGACCAAUUGCUUCAAACUCGGCAGUCAACCGGACGCACCCAGAACGCUUCGUUUAUCUUAGGAAUUCAAGGCCGACGAGAACUAUUGUACGUCAUCCAGAAAAACCAGGUCCUCAUUUGCGAGGUCUUGCUUAAUCUUGUACCACCAGUGGCCAGCUCAAGCAUGAGUUUCUUCUCCGACAGCCGAUUAGACGCUCUCUCGGCAUGUCUAGGUAACAAUGCACUCAGGUCUCUUAUUUCGAGAAUAUCUGGCAUGGUCAAAUCCCGUGUGCAAGUGCUCAAUCGCAACUUCAGACCGUCUAGUAUUUGGAACCGGCUGGGCGAGAUUCCCGUUCUAUCACCAGGAAGAGCACGCCAUCUCAUUGAAAUCUACUUUGAGAAUAUCCACCCUCUAUACCCCUUUCUGGACCGUCACGAAUUCGAGACCAGGGCAUUUUCACCCACUUUGGAUGAUGAUCUUGCUAAUGAUGUGGCUUGGGCAGCUUUGUAUCACACCGUGCUAGCUUUAGGUUGCGAAUUCAAUGGUGGAGGCUCGUUUGCGCCUGGUGAAGGCGAAGCCUGGAGUCUUUUCAAGGUCGCACUUGAUCUUUACCCAAGGGUGUUGCUACUAAAUACAGACCUCCUAGAAGUUCAGGCCAUAUUCUGUCUCAACAUGUCGGGCACUCAGAUAGAAGGGAAAAUUCUAUCCGAGGCAGCAAGGGUUGCCCAGCGCGCAUUCUUAAACAAAGCAUCUACCGGCAGUGACGCUACAAUUCGUAGCCGUGUUUUCUGGGUAGUAUAUUACAUUGAAAAAACAGUAUCGUUUCAUACUGGUUGUACCUCGUUUAUUGUCGACUGCGAUAUUGGCUCGCCCAUACCUUUAAUUGAAGAGGCAAUCUUCGAGGAUUUUGACUGGUUUUUCACUUCGAUAAAGUUCGCAAGACUCUACUCGCGCAUAUUCACUGAGCUGUUCUCUAUAACUGCAACAAAGAAUUCAAGGACGACAUAUCUCAGCACAAUAUCUGAGUUCGAAGAGCUCUUGGAGCAACAAUGUCAAGCAAUCCCACCUCGAUUCCGACCUGGUGUUAAGUUGCGACCGCAAGCAUUUUCACAUCCCUGCGGACUUAACGCCGCUCUUCGGGUUCACUACCACUACCAUGAGCUCAAGAUAGCUCUUCAUCGCUUGAAGCUGCAUGUUACUCGUGACCAAAUCGCUCCCCGGCCGUCAUCGGACAUGGCUGGCAUUAUGAACUCAGCGCGUGCCGUAAUUGAAAUCACUCGAGUCAUCCAGCAAGAACCGUCCACACCGUUCUUCGUUAUUUUCUUCAUGCCGUUCACGGCCUUGUUCAUCUUAUUUGACCAAAUCAUCCAAGAUCCAACCCACGAAGAUACUCACGGCAAUCUCGCCUUACUCGAAAGUGUGACUGGGUACUUCAGUGCCCUCGAAUAUGCGACGAAUGGGUAUUUACCAGGCUCCAUGCUGAUGCCGUUUGCCUCUAUUGCUCGGCAAUUUCACUCUACUUCCCAUGCCUCUCGUGGGGACAAUGUCAGCAAUGAAAACAGUGACAAGGGCACUACUUCUGAACAAUCCACUACAGAAAUGCUGGGCGUGGAACCAUCCACACAUAGCCAACAAAUACCCUGGGAGGUUAGCGCCGAAGACCUUUCAGUCGUUGCCUCUCAGCCGAAUAUUGACUACUCAUCUCAAAUCUUGUCAUCAGCUCCCUCGAAUAAUUUCAUGUUAUCGGACAGCAGGCUCACUCCUGGUUUGGAGAUCAUGGAUCUUUUUUGUGGUCCUGCUCAUGGCGCUGAUUUCUUUUUCCCUCCAAAUUGA